UGUGUGUGAUAUUUCUGAACAGAGCACACACAGAGAGAGUGUGUGUUUACUCCGUGCUAGAGUCGCAUGAGUGUGUGUGUGUGUGUCAGACAGCCAUGAAGAGGAUGCAGGCUCUCUUCUGCUUAAUUUCACUGGCAGCACUUCUAACAGAUGCAUGGAGACCAUCACAACCACGACUGCACUUCCAAAACUCAGAGCUGAUGCGGAGCGGCAGGCUCAUAUCUCUCUCUGUGCCCGCUGGAGAUCUGAACUCUCUGCUGCCGGAUGAAGACGGUCGUCGUCUUUACAUUGGUAUGAAAGAUUAUCUGCUGUCCACCAACCUGGAUGAUAUUACUCAAACCCCCUGCAAGAUAUACUGGCCUGCAAGUCCUGAUCGGAUCCAGAACUGUAUCAUGGCUGGAAAAAACCUGCAGACGGAUUGUGCAAACUUCCUGCGUGUGUUAGAGCUGUAUAACCAAACACAUCUUUACGCCUGUGGGACUGGAGCGUUCAACCCUCGCUGUGCCUUCAUCCCCACCAACCUCUUCCUCAGGGCUGAGGAACAAAUGCUGCAGUAUGAAGACACAGAGUCAGGGAAGGGAAAAUGUCCUUACGACCCUCACCAGAGAACAGCUACGGCCAUGAUAGAUGGAGAGCUGUACGCUGGCAUCUCAUCUGACUUUCUAAGUCAUGAUACUGCUUUUAUUCGGAGUCUGGGGGAGCGACAUGUGAUUCGCACUGAACAAUACGACUCUACAUGGCUGCAAGGUGCUGAAUUUGUACAUGUUGCAGCGAUGUCAGAGAGUGAUAAUGAGGAGGAUGAUAAGGUUUACGUGUUCUUCACUGAGCGCGCCCAGGAGGCAGAGGGGGCUGCUGGGAAGGUCCUCUAUUCUAGAAUCGCCCGCGUCUGCAAGAAUGAUAUUGGUGGUCAGCGUAGUUUGGUUCAUAAAUGGAGCACCUUUCAGAAAGCUCGUGUUGUUUGCUCAGUACCAGGACCCGACGGCAUACAGACACACUUUGACAAACUCCAGGAUAUUUUUAUUCAGCGUGGAAAGGAAAAAAAGAACCCCCUUAUCUAUGGGCUCUUCACCACUACCAGCAAUGUCUUGAAUGGAUCCGCUGUGUGCGUCUACAGAAUGCAAGAUAUUAUUAGAGCUUUUAAAGGAAAUUUCCUUCAUAGGGAGGGUCAACAGUACAAGUGGACGGAGUAUACAGGCAAAGUUCCCUAUCCCAGACCAGGCACAUGUCCCAGCAGCACAUAUGGAGGGUUCAAAUCAACAAGGGAAUAUCCUGACGAUGUCAUCUUCUUUAGCCGCACACAUCCUUUAAUGCAGGAAGUGGUAAAUCCACUUGGGGGUCAUCCUUUGCUCAUCAGAGUGGGCGUGCCUUAUAAACUGACCCGCCUCCUUGUGGACAGAGUGGAGGCGGUGGAUGGACAAUAUGACGUGCUGUUCAUUGGCACAGAUUCUGGCCUGGUUCUGAAAGUGAUUCACCUCCCUAAAGCUAACGGACAGAAUCAGGAGAUCACUCUGGAACAGCUGCAGGUUUUUAAGAACAAGUCACCAAUCACGGCCAUGACGCUGUCCAAGAAAAAGCAGUGGCUGUUUGCUGGAUCAGCAGAGGGUGUGGUUCAAUUGGGUCUGUUCCACUGCGAUUUGUACGGCCAAGCCUGCGCUGAAUGCUGUCUUGCUAGAGACCCAUACUGCACCUGGGAUGGCCACUCUUGCAGCCCUUACAUGCUGACUGCACGCAGAAGAAACAUUCGUCAGGUUAAUGAUGACGGCAACCCGCUGAACCAGUGUGUCAGACAGGGAGCUGGUCUUCAGGUGGAGGCAGAGGAGAAGACAUUAGUUGUUGCCGUGGGUAACAGCACCUACCUGGAGUGCCUACCCAAAUCUCACCAUGCCACAGUCACCUGGUUUAAAGACGUAGGUGAGAACAGCCUGGAGCAACAUAAGGUCACACCUGGGGAGCAGCUGGUUGUCAUUGACAGGGGCAUCCUCAUUCCCCGGGCUGAGCUAAAUCACGGCGGUGUUUAUCACUGUCAGCUAGAAGAACAUGGAUUCCGCUGGACAGCCGUUACUAUUCGUUUAAUUGUGUGGAGCCCCACAUUUGUCUCCGCCCAGCCAUGGUACCAGGAUGUGAUGGCAUUGAUCAACCACGGCAAACUGGAGCGACACUGCAAAGAACUCAGUCAGCGUCACAGCAACAAGGAAUCAGGGAAUCACAAGCAUAACAAACAGGACAGAAAGAGAGCAGACCGGCACAGGCACAGAGGAGGGGCAGAGAAGGAGAAAGGAAGGGGGCGGAAGAACCGGAGCCAAAUGCAGAUUUCAGCAAAGAGGCUGCCAAGGAGCGCAUAGAACAAAUCGCAGGUGUUUACAAAGCUGCUCAAAACAAAAGAAUUCAACAAAACAUGCAAUAUACAGUAUAUUCACAUUACAUUUAAGCAUGCAUGGCAUCAUGUUAACAGACUUUUGCUUUGUUUCAAAUCCUAAUGAGCUGCCUGUAUGCGGCAACAUUGUCAAGCAACAAGCUCAAAAAUAUACAUGCAAGAUAGGGGAUGAGAAGAGAACAAUGUUGAUAAACUUAUAUUUCUUUCAGUUCAUUCAAAGAAGUAUAUCAGUAUAGAUAGUUCAAAAGUUUGGGCUCAGCAAGAUUUUUUAAAAUACAUUUGUUGUGCACAAAAUUGCAUUAAAUUGAUCAAAAGUGACAGGAAAGAUAUUAUGAAAGAUUUAUAUUUCAAAAAAUUGUACCACUGUUCCCACAAAAGUAUUAUUCAGCACAACUGUUUUCGACAUUGAUAGUAAUAAGAAAUGUUUCUUGAGCACUAAAUCAGCACAUUAGAAUGAUUUCUGAAGGAUCAUGUGAAAAUGAAGACUGGAGUAAUGGAUGCUGAAAAUUCAGCUUUACCAUCCCAGUAAUAAAAUACAUUUUAAAAAUAUAUUAAAAGAGAAUUUUAGUUGUUUUACUGUAUUUUUGAUCAAAUUGAUGGUGAGCGUGACUUUUUUCGAAACAUGAAAAAAAUCUUUUGAGCAGUAGUGUAAUUAAGAACAUAUUAUUUUAACAAAUAUUUCAUGUGUGUUUUGACAUGCUAAUUAUAAACUUGAUUGCAUCUCAAGAAUGUUUGUUGUCCAGAAUUGUAGAGUGUUUCUAAUUUCUUAACGAGUUCAUUGACAAGUAGAAUGCUGCCUAUGCAGGCAAUAAAACAGCUCACUAGGUUUUGGAACAAAGCUCUGUAUCAUGUGAAGAACUGUUGCUAUAAGAAUGAACUGAAUUAGGUCUGAAUCAAGAAGAACUGUUUACUUUAAUAUUAAAAAUAAUUGAUUAUUUGAGGACUGUGUUAAGCAUAUUUGAAAAAUCUUUUAGGGCAAGGGAGUGUCCCCAAAUUAUCCUCUGACGAACAAAAGACAAAUCUUCCAAAGUUAGGGAGCAUCUUAAAAUGUUCUUUGUUUAAAAAGACUGUAUUGAAAUGUAUUUCCUAAUUUAUCUUUCAUGGUAUUUAUUUUCCUUGUGUUUUUGUGGUUUGUUUUGAUAUUGUCUUGCAUUUUAAGUGUAAAAAUUGUACAUGGUAUUAUUUUUACAAAUAUUUGAAUAGGGUGUAAUUCUGUCUCUGAAAUCACUCAUUAAGGUUUCGAGAAAUGUAUUUAAAUUAAUCAACGAAAGCAAAAGUCCCAAAAUAUAACAGAUCCUGUAGGAUGAUGAACACUGUGUUUCUCUGGGGAACGAUGGAGGCACAAAGGGUGUGUUAUUUUACUGGACAGAAACAGCAGCUAUUUUCUCCUGCACACGGACAGAUGCAUGACUGCCAAGAAGUUUGGCACCCGCCCUGAAGUGCCUCCAAUCAGAAGGAUGGAAAAAUUAAAAAUAAAUUAGGCAAAAGGGAUUUAAAGGCUUUAAAGUACGGUACAAAAACAGAGAGAAGAGGAGCAAAUUAAAAUGCUGUCAGACCCACACCACAUGACAGAGACAGAACCAGAGAUCUGUGGAUAUGUUGGAGCAGCUUGGUUCGCCAGGAGACUCAAACAAAACUCAAAUGUUGUUGUCAUAAAAUACAUAAAAAUUAAUAUAUGUUUCAUGUUCAUGUUUUACAUAUGGUAAAUCCUGUGUAAUUUAAACCUUGUGAAUUGUGUGACUAUGUCUUACCUUAAACUGUAAAUCUUAUGGACUUUGAACCUUGAAUAAAUUGUUUUGGAAGAC